UUUCAGGAUUGAAGUGGAUCUCGGGACGAAUGGAUGACUGAAUAUUCAUAUGAAGAGGAAAGCCAUAAAAGACAUCAGCGCCUUUACGAACAGAAUGUUAAUGCUUGAUGGGAUGCCGGCAGUCAGAGUCAAAACAGAGCUGCUGGAAUCCGAGCAAGGGUCUCCAAACGCCCACAACUACCCAGAUAUGGAAGCUGUACCCUUGUUACUAAACAACGUGAAGGCGGACCCCACGGAGGAUUCGUUGUCCGCAGACCAUUUCCAAACACAGACUGAACCAGUGGACUUGUCAAUAAACAAAGCCAGGUCGUCCCCCACAGCAGCUUCAUCUUCACCCGUUUCCAUGACAGCAUCAGCCUCCUCCCCUUCUUCUACUUCCACUUCUUCUUCUUCUAGUCGACCAGCUUCAUCCCCCACUGUAAUAACAUCGGUAUCCUCAGCGGCGUCUGUACCGUCAGUAUUAACUCCAGGUCCUCUUGUGGCCUCUGCAUCUGGUGUUGGAGGCCAGCAGUUUUUGCACAUUAUCCAUCCAGUACCACCUUCAAGCCCCAUGAACUUGCAGUCCAACAAAAUGAGUCACGUGCACCGUAUCCCCGUGGUGGUACAGUCGGUACCCGUUGUCUAUACGGCUGUGAGGUCGCCUGGGAAUAUGAACAACACUAUAGUAGUACCACUGCUGGAGGAUGGGAGAAGCCACGUCAAAGCACAAAUGGACCCCCGAGGCCUAUCUCCCAGACAAAUUAAAAGUGACAGUGAUGAUGACGACCUGCCAAAUGUGACCUUAGAUAGCGUUAAUGAAACUGGAUCUACAGCGCUCUCCAUAGCCAGAGCAGUACAAGAAGCCCACUAGUCUCCUGUAGCUGAAAUUAGGGGGAACAGAAUGGACCACAAAUUGUUUCCCUGUUCAAUUUCACCAUUCAGUAUUGAGAGCACAAGGCGUCAGCGAAGGUCCGAGUCGCCAGACUCCAGGAAGCGGCGCAUCCAUCGGUGUGACUUUGAGGGAUGCAACAAAGUGUACACAAAAAGUUCCCACCUGAAGGCUCACCGGAGGACGCACACAGGAGAAAAACCCUACAAGUGUACCUGGGAAGGCUGCACCUGGAAGUUUGCUCGCUCCGACGAACUGACGAGGCAUUACCGCAAGCACACGGGAGUGAAGCCAUUCAAGUGUGCAGACUGUGACCGCAGCUUUUCCCGCUCAGAUCACUUGGCGCUCCACCGCCGCAGGCACAUGCUGGUUUGA